AGAGCCACGCAGCGCUCUCCAACUGGGAUACCCAAAAUUGAGGAAGGCCCCUGGUCUGGAUAGGCAUGGCUAGCCUGAUCUCAUCAGAUCUCAGAAGCUAAGCAGGAUUGGCUGUGUUUCUCUCUCUAGUUCGCUGUCCUUUGCUACAUUGGUCACAGUUCCACACUGACUGGUAUAGGCAACAGAAUCCAGCACGUGAAGACGAAGGAAGGCGACAGAUUACAGUUCUUGUCUGCUGAGGAGAAGCGGAGAUGUCAGAAGGGCCCUCCAGGAUCACAGGACCUAUUCCUCCGGACCCCACCCUUUGCCCAGAUUACUACAGACGUCCCCUGUCAGCACGGGGGAGGCUGGAAGGGAACGCCUUGAGGCUAGAUCUGCUCCCGGGGCCCCUUCCUCCAGAUGCGAGCCUCUACCCCGCUUUGUACAGCGCUCGCCUCGCCCAGCCCCCUCCAAGGAUCAAACCCAACGCCAAAGCCAUCCUGGAGUUGGGCCAGAGAGGCACCGUAGGAGCCCUCCUGCAGCUGGACGGAAUUUCCUUCUGCCAGGAGUUGCCGCCCAAGCGGAAGGAAUGCAAAGACUAUGAGAAAGUGAAUCUGAGGCGCCUGAGAGAGAUUCAGAGGAAGUGUCGCGAGAAGGAGCAGGCCCAGGAGCUGAGCCAGCCCAAGCCCGUGAAAGCCCUGUGGAAAUCGCCCAAGUACGAGAACGUGGAGUCCAAAGUGAAGGCCAAGCUGCAGGAGAGCUCUGUUCCUCCAAAUUCCGAAGCUCAGAGGUUCCUGAGAGCUUACUCCCGCUGCGGCACCGGGAUUCACCCGCGCAGGCUGCUGUCCCAGAACCCUGUUCAAUCACGAGCAACAACAGAUUCUGCAACGCCGCCAGUCCCUGGUGGGAACGUCAAGACCCUGAAGGAGAACAGCAAGGUGGACUUUGUCAGCCACAAUGCCCAGAACGCCAAGCGAGCCCAGCUGCGACGGUCGCGCUCCCUGCAGUCGCUCACCGAAGUGCUGGAGCAGAAGCGGAAGGAGCAGGAAGAGUAUGAUGCCAGACAAAAAGGCCACGUUCCCCACUACCUGAUUGAGAGAAAGGACCGCUGGCGCAAAGAAGCGGAGGAACGCCGGCGCAAUACGCCUGAUCCUGCCAUGCCCCUGGGCCAUUCCCUGAUGCCAGAGAGCCAGCGCAUGGAAACCCUGAACAACCUCAAACAGAGCCAAGGGCAACUUCUGAAGGACCUCCUGCUGCUUCCACUGCGAGCCGACACACUGAACCUGCAGAACAGACGGGUGGAGCUGGAGAAGAAGCUGUCACAAAUCGAGGAGGCCCUCAAGAUCUUCUCCCGGCCCAAAGUCUUCAUCAAGAUGGAUUCCUAGGUAGAGGCAGCAGUGAGGAACGAGAAGCAACGGGCGUCGAGUGUGUGUUUCUGCACUAAGCCUCUUCUUCCUCAGAUACCCUCCCCACUUGUCUUAUUUCACAUGGAAGGAGGAAGAACUGCAGAAUAGGGGCAGGAGGGCAGAGAAGUAUCUCUUCCCCGGGGUCUUAGCAAAGGGUUCUCACAACCCUGUGAAGAUGCAGCUGGAGCUUUCCAGGUUCUCCUCCGAGUGCAGGCGGACAGUGCGCAUGGGCGACAGUAGCACAACCUGUGAGGGCCAGGCCACCCACUGGCACCCUUGGGCCCCCCAAGCGGGACUUCUGGAAAUAUGACAGGUACCACAACAGCAACGACUUGGCCAGCAGCCAACACCAUGAGGAAUAUGCAGAAUUUUUAACUGGUUGGAAGGUGUUUUUUUUUUUUAAUAAAGCAGAUUUUAAAGCC